UAUAAGAAGAUAAUUCAAUUCAAACCAAAAACACUGACAAGAUAGAUUCCUAAAAAUCAAAUAAAACAGGAUUUCACAACUUCAAAAUUUUGGAAAUUUGUUUGCUUAAAAAAGAACUAAUUUGUGUGAUAAUAUUUGGUAAAUCAGAAGAUUACUGACCCCCCACCCCUCUUUAAUCCGGUUUCUCUUUCUUUGCACCUUGUUUGGUUCUUUCAAUCUCUCUCUCUCCUCAUCUUCCAACCCCUUCAACCUCUCUCUUCCUCCCAUUGUUCACUGGGUUUUGUGUUGUCUUGUCCUCUUUCUCUCUCUUCCUCUUUUUCUUCUUUUUUUAGAGAGAGAAAUAGAGAAAUUUCAAUCACUAGGGUUACGGGAGGUUACUUUUCUUACCCAUUUUUACCCCCUUUUUCUGCCUAAAUUCAUCACUUUUCUCUUUUUUUUUUUCUGGGUUUUUUUUCAAGGCAGAUCCAUUUGUUCAGUUCGAGAAGCUCCACAACGCACCAUCCUCUUCUUUUAUUUAUUCCUCUUGUAUCAUUAUACUGUGUCUAAAGAAGAACACACAAGUUGUGAUGCAGGGACAGAGGAACUCCAUUGGUUCCCUGCCUGAUUCAAUAAACUUUGAUUAUGGGUCCUCAACAAACAAUGUGGGCGUAGAUCAGCAAAUUUGCUGGAAUAAUAUCCGGAAUCCUGCUGAAAGCAGGUUGCCUGAUUAUAGGAUUUCAACUAGCAGUUCGGAUACAUACAUGGGCGGUGUUAGCCAAGAAGGGAGAAACUUCAGUAGAUGGGGUAUUGGUGAAUCAAGUUCUACUAAUCCUCAGAACCUUGUUAGCUAUGAAGACCGAAUGAAUCAAAGUGGAUGGUCCUCUUCAUUAAAUGGCUCUGUUGGUGCUGCAUUAAGGUUAGAGGAGCAACGAUAUGAGCCUACAAAUUUUGUUUCACAUACAGGUGUUAAUUUAAACCUUAAUAGCAACCAGGUUGUUACUGGGCCCUCAUUUGUGCGAAGUUCCGAUAUUGAUUCUGCUUCGCAAAAUCACGACUUAAAUGACGGAAUUUUCCAUAGAGUUGGUGAUGAUAUGGACUGUCCUAAUUCUUUGAAAACUAUUGGCUGUGAUAGCAAAUUUCUUCAUUCAGCUAGUAGUUCUUCGGAUCCUUUUGCUUCUUCAUCUGGAAGUGGUGGUUUCCUUGUUGAGGAGGAUGAAGGCAGGCUCAGUAGCUCGUUGGAUAGUCGUCGUCUUUCUUGUAAGAGAAAGACUCUUGAAGGAAAUGUUGGACAGUCUUCUAGUAAUGGAAGUUGCUUUGCAAGGGCGGAAGGUAGCAUGUGGCACACAGUUCCACCUCGUUAUGAUGCCAGUGGCAGUAUUAAUGUAUCGAUCUCAUCAGAAAGUUCUCCGAGCAUUAACCCUUCCGAGCAGGUCAAUCCAAGACUUGGAUUAGCUAUGGGUGGAGGAGUUCCUGCCGAUAGUCUUCGUCUUCUUAGUGUGCCUGGAGGUCCAGAAAUAUCUCAAAGGAAUUAUCGUUUGAGGGUAAAUCCCUCAAUGCAGCCAGAUACUUUGCCAAAUAAUUCAUUUUUGUCAGCUCCUAGUGGGGCUGCUUCCCGACGACCUGAUAAUUCGGCAGCUCAUCAGCCAUUAAGAUUUGUGCCUAUGGCUUCUCCUCUUGACUUGAUGUCACCAAUUCCCGCAGAGAGCUCAGUAUCACAAAGUCAACCAGUGAUUUUGCGUGUACCGGCUCUUCGGCGAAAUGUGCAAGCUCACAGGUGGAAUGGGGCUCCAAAUGUAAGGUCUGGAAGUUCAUCAAACCCUGCUGUCUCUGGUGAGAGAGAUGCUGCAUUGCCUGAAGAUUUGAACUCUAGAAACGUGUCAAGGAAUAUCGCAGAACAUCCUAUGUUUUUACCUCCAGUGGAGGUAAGACAUUCAGUUCAAAAUCCAACAAGUUGGAGUCUAAGUAAUGGUAAUGUCGGCAUCUCUAGAAAUAUUCCGUCAAGUUCUCGCACUGGAUCUGCUUCAGCUUCCCACACUACACCAGGACCUAGUUGGGCGCCUCACCGCCAUCCUUCAUCACACUACUCCCGGAGAGUGUCUGAAUAUGUUCGUAGAUCAUUGUUAUCUACAGUUGGGCCUGAAAUUGCAGGCCAGAGCAGUAACAAUAGCCAACUUCGUUCAGGUUCACCUUCCUCACAAGACGGAAUACUUCCCUCUAGCGGUGGAAGCCAGGGGCAUAAUCAGUCACAAUCCAGGUCAGGAUUGUGGAUUGAGAGGCAAGGGGAUGGUGCUGGUGGGAUUCCCUAUUCUUUGCGAGCCUUAGCAGCUGCUGGUGAAGGAAGAAGCAGACUUGUAUCAGAGCUUCGCAAUGUUUUGGAUAUUGUGCGUAGGGGUGAAGGAUUACGUUUUGAGGAUGUUAUGAUCCUUGAUCAGUCGGUGUUAUUUGGAAUGGGUGAUAUUCAUGAUCAGCACAGGGACAUGCGACUGGAUGUUGAUAAUAUGUCUUAUGAGGAGCUAUUGGCUCUGGAAGAGCGUAUAGGGAGUGUUUGCACUGGAUUGACUGAGGAGACAAUUGUGAAGCGCAUGAAGCACCGCAAGUAUAUACAUACUAUGAAUGAUGAUCAAAUUGAGGCGGAGCCUUGCUGUAUUUGUCAGGAGGAGUACAGUGAUGGACAAGACCUUGGAACCUUGGAUUGUGGACAUGAUUUUCACCAUGAGUGUGUUAAACAAUGGCUUUCACACAAGAAUUUGUGCCCGAUUUGUAAAACAACGGCUCUAGCUACAUAGAAAAAAGUCAUUAAUUUUUGAAGUUACUGCUUCCCAAAGGAAUGCAAGAGUGGAACCAGGAAUCUUCAUGGAGUAUUGUUUGUUUACAAACUUCCUUUUUAGCGUGAAUCAUUUCAACUGCUAGAGAAUUUCCUUAUUCUUACAUUAUAAUUACUUAAUUAGCAAUGUUAUGCUACUGUACACAAUUCAUAAUGUUUUCGCAUUCUGUUCUAA